AUGAAUCAAUGCUCUUUGUUUAAAUGCACCAACGAAAGUAGACGCAUCUCAUAUCAUCUUUUAUCAGAUGGCUAUGGUGAUUGUUUAAAUGACGAAGAUGAGAAUGAAAUAAAUGUGUGUUCAGUUAAUCUUUCCUAUCGAUAUAAAUGUGAGCAUGGAACACGAUAUAUUCAUCAAACACUUAUCGAUGAUGGAAUUAUGCAUUAUUCGGAUGGAAGUGAUGAAAGUCGAGCGCAUCAUGGACGUGACGAACCCGGUUGCUUUUCAAAUGCUCUUUCACCGAUUCACUGUAAUCAAAGUGCACAUUUUUGCUUAAAUAUUGACAAUGGUUUUCAAUCAUGCUUACCUCGAUCAAAAACUAACGAUGGUACUAUUGAUUGCGUAGGAUCAACUGACGAAAGAUUGUUCUGUAUGAUGAAAUAUCCAUACGAUCACGCACGUCGAUAUCGAUGCCGCAAUUCUAAUCAAUGUAUUUCGCCUAUUCAAGUGUGUAGUUGUCAUCAAGAUUGUCCAGAAAACGAUGAUGAAACAAUUGCAUGCAUAGGGUUGAAUAAUGGACAAGAAUCAUUUUGGGAUGAAAAUACUUUUCGAUGUCGAGAUGGGAAUAUUUUCACAGGACUGCAUGUUCAUUCAACAGAUAAUCCACCUAGUUUCUUUCGUUUUUGUCCAGAUUAUUACUAUGAUGAUCGUUGUCAAUUUCAACGUAAACGACUGACUGCUGUUCUUUCAUUGCAACUGACAACUGAGAAUCAUGAGUCGAUUCAUUUUACUUAUUUUCAUCGUCCACAAUCCGGAAAACCUAAAUUUACGCAAUAUUUAGAUGAAAUCGAAUAUCUUCACAAUCUUGCUUUCAUCCAAUUAUAUGAAGAUCGUGUUCAAUCUCAUUAUUAUCUACUAUUGCUACUUAAAAAUUCGUCUUCCCCGUUGCGAGAGAUCACUAGUGAAGUUCGCCUAUCAAAUCUUUGCCGACCGAUUCGUGAAUUACUCAAUUCUACGGUAUUGACUCAGCCACCGUUACGUCGUAUUAAAAACUAUCAACAACCAUGCCUAAAACCGAUUGUUGGCGAGCCACUAAAAUGUUUUUAUGAUGAUAAAAUAAUGUAUUUUUGUGAUCAAACUCAUCAUUCCGAAUGUUUCAAUUUUGAAAUGGCAACAUUUGGAUGUUCAUCAAACAAAUGCCACAGCCGUGAAAUAUGCGUACAGAACCAUGAUGUAUGCCCAACAAAUUCGAUGUGUCUUUGUGAACCGUGUAGUUAUGGAUAUAUUUGUCAAUUCUCAGCAGUUGGCUAUACUCUAUCAUUCAAUGCUAUCAUUGAUCCACAUAUGCGUUCAAUAAACAACAGUGAUUCAGGUUACUUUUGCUAUUAUUACUAUUGUUGUCAUAGUCGUAUUGAACAGCAAAAUUUUAGCUGUUCGCUUAUCGAAUUUUUACUCAAAUGGUCAUCGACAACUUGCGAACGGCUCAAUGCAUGUGUAAGCAUUGAACGUGCGCCAACUGUCAUCUAUCAAACUCAUUUUUCUCUUUCAAAAAGUAAACAUCAAGCCAAAUGUAUUGUUACCGGUGUGAUCUUAUUUACUACUUUCGUUUAUUCAACAGAAUUAAUAUUUCGUCGAACGGUGAUUGAUAAAGAAAAUCAACGGACAUGGUGUGUUCUCACUCUGAAUUCUGACCGAAGAAUACUUUCCAUAUUUUAUUCGGCAUCGAAUAUUAUGUUGUUGGUUUCACCAUUGGUGAUCAACUUGGCAAGUAGUAGUAGUAUUAUUCUAGGCACACUUCAAUCAAAACAAUAUUUAAUGGGCAAACACUAA